ACGAUUUCAAUCAUAAUAGAAACGUAUAGGUGGUUCUAGUUCAGGUCCGAUUUCUGUAUUAUACUUUGGGUAAAAAAUCGAGAUAUAUCAAAACAUCAUGACAAGAUAUGAAGAGACUAAAAAAACGUACAAAUAUCUCAGAUAUGCCAAGCCAGAACAAGGCGAAGAAGUUGUUAUUUCUGGAUUCGCGGGCAGAUUUCCCGAAUCCGAUAAUAUGGAGAAAUUGAAAGAUAAUCUUUUUAACUGCAAAGAUUGUAUCACCGCUGACGAACGUCGUUGGAAACUAGAACAUUCGGAAAUUCCAAAACAAACCGGCAAAAUUAACAAUAUUAAAAAAUUCGAUGCCUUAUAUUUUGGAACACAUUUCAAGCAAGCUCAUAUGAUGGAUCCAAUGAGCAGAAUGAUGCUGGAACAUACUUAUGAAGCUAUAAUAGAUGCUGGGAUUAAUCCAGAAGAUAUUCGAGGAACAAAAACAGGUGUAUUCAUUAGUAUAUGUUUCUCAGAUACUGAGGCAACUAUAUUUCAAAGCACUUUUCAGAUAGCUGGCUUCGGUAUCACGAUCUGUAGCAGAGAUAUGGUAGCUCAAAGUAUUUCGUAUUGGUUGGGUGUAACAGGACCAUCAUACAACGUAGAUACUGGAUGUAGUUCUGGUCUUUACGCGAUGGAACACGCUUAUAGGGCUAUACUUAGUGGAGAAUGCGAAUAUGCGAUAGUCGGUGGAUCAAAUCUUUGCCUCCAUCCAUAUACGUCUCUACAAUUUGCACGUUUAGGUGUGUUGAAUCAGGAUGGUUGCUGCAAGGUUUUCGACGAAGAUGCAAAUGGUUACACGCGUAGUGAAGGCGUCUCAGUAGUAUUUUUACAAAAAGCAAAAACUGCUAAGAGAAUCUAUGCUACGAUUGUUCAUACGAAAACGAAUUGUGAUGGUUACAAAAAAGAAGGAAUAACGUAUCCAUCUAAAAAAAUGCAAAGUACUCUUCUUGAAAAAUUUUACAAAGAAUGCGGUGCAUCAACAGCUUGUAUUCCUUACAUCGAAGCUCAUGGUACCGGAACGAGGGUCGGAGAUCCUGAAGAAUUGAAUUCCAUAGAUCAGAUUUUCACUAAGAAUAGAGCUAACCCUCUUAAAAUUGGUUCCAUCAAAUCGAACAUCGGGCAUACCGAAGGAGUUAGUGGAAUUUGUUCCAUUGCUAAGGCGAUAAUAUCGAUGGAGUCUGGCAUAAUACCGCCAAAUAUUAAUAUCAACACACCACGCAAAGACGUAAAAGGUUUUAGAGAAGGACGAAUCAAUAUUGUUACGCAGUUAACUCCGUUAGAUGGUGAAUACAUAGGCAUUAAUUCUUUUGGCUUCGGUGGUGCUAAUGCUCACCUUUUACUCAAAUCAAAUCCAAAAAUAAAGAUCAACAAUGAAAUACCAGAUAAUUUGCCUAGACUUGUAGCUGUAUCAGGACGUACCUCAGAAGCAGUCAAAACUAUAUUGAAUGAGAUCGAUAAUCGACCGACAGACAUUGAAUUUAUUCGCCUUCUUCACGAUAUUCAUCAAAAAGCAAUACCAGGUCACUUUUAUCGAGGAUACGUUAUAACUGAUAUAAAACAAUCUGGCACGAAAAUAUGGGACAUUGAAAAAUUCUGUGAUACGAAGAAACCAAUAUGUUUCGUCUUCCCUGGAAUGGACUCGCAGUGGCCCGGGAUGUGUAAAACACUGAUGAAAUUUUCAACAUUCGCUAAAGCAAUAGAGAAAUGCGACGCUGUUUUAAAACCGCAUGAGCUCCAUAUUUAUCAGAUUUUAACUAGAACAGACAAUAGCAUAUUAGACAAUACCUUGCACUCGUUCGUCGGUAUUGCUGCGGUUCAGAUCGGCUUGGUAGAUCUUUUAACUUCAGUAGGAAUACUACCGGACUACAUAAUUGGGUAUUCUGUGGGUGAACUUGGUUGUGCCUAUGCAGAUGGAAGUUUGACACUGGAGGAAACGAUAUUGGCAGCGUACUCGCUAGGAAUAUCCGUAACAGAAGCAAAAAUACCUCAUUAUUCUGUGGCUGUAGUUGGGCUUGGUUAUAAAGAUUUAAUAAAUAUAUGUCCUAAUGAUAUCGACGUCGUGUGUCAUAACGGGCCUGAAAGUUCAACAAUUACCGGAUCAGCUGAAUCAUUGAAAGCAUUUGUUGAAAAGCUACAGGCAAACGAAAUUUUUGCAAAAGUGGUGUCGGAGAAAAGAAUACCGUAUCACAGCCGCUAUAUGGCUUCAGCUAAAAGCACUCUUUUGGCAAAUUUAAGAAAAGUUAUACCAGUAGCAAAACAUCGAAGUUAUAAGUGGUUGAGUACAUCGGUGCCACGGAACGAAUGGUCGAGUGCACAAUUCUCGUCAGCCGAAUAUCUCACUAAUAAUUUGUUGAAACCUAUAUUUUUUGAGGAAACGACGAAUUUAAUUCCUAACAAUGCCAUUUCCAUUGAAAUUACGCCGCACAGCCAAGUAGAAGAAAUUUCAAAGAAAUUAUUGCAAAAAACGGUUAUUGCAUUAACUCAGAAGGAUCACAAAGAUAACGUAAAAGUUUUCCUAGAAGGAUUAGGGAAACUGUAUAAUGGUGGCUUACAGCUUGAUCUUGCUAAACUAUACUCACCUGUAGAAUAUCCUGUAAGUCGAGGAACUCCAAUGAUAUCCCCUCUUAUUCGGUGGGAACAUUCCGACGACUGGUUCACAAUGGAUUUCAAUAAUCAGGAGCAACUUGCUUCCGGAGAACGAAUUAUUACAGUAACGUACGCCACUGAAGAAUUCAAGUAUAUAAAGGGCCACGUGGUUGAUGGUAGAAAUUUGUUUCCUGGAACAGGAUAUUUAUGCUUAGUGUGGGAAACAUUGGGAAUGACGAUAAACAAGCUCUACUCAGAUAGGUCCGUUGUCAUGGAAAAUAUAAAAUUUAGUCGAGCAACAACAAUUCCCAAUGAGGGCAAAGUCAAAAUGGUUGUCAUGAUUCAGAAAGGUAGUGGUAAAUUUGAGGUGAUAGAAGGAAGUGCUGUUGUUGUCACUGGAAAGAUUUAUCUUGUCGAAACGAAUUUAUCGAAGGAGAAAAUACCAACUGAUGUAAUCAAGAGAAAUUUUAAAAAUGAAGAAGAAGAAUUAAAUGAAAAGGAUAUUUAUAAAGAGUUGAAGUUACGUGGUUAUCAAUAUAGCGGUCUCUUCCGGAGUAUACGCAGUGCGUCACUAUCGGGCAGGAAAGGACACAUUGAAUGGAAAAACAAUUGGGUUGCGUUUAUGGAUAACAUGUUACAGAUGAAAAUCAUUAAUGCAGAUACUAGAGAUUUAUUGGUGCCGACUGGAAUUCAAAAAUUGGUAAUAGAUACCGAAGCUCAUCAACAGUAUCUUCAAAGUUUGACUACUAAUGAAAAAUAUGUACCUGUACAAUUUUACGAAAACAUUGAUGUGAUUGUAGCGGGAGGUGUGGAAAUACAUAAAGUUAGCGCUACUGCGAUCGCACGAAAACGACCUGUCAGUGAUCCCAUUAUCGAAGAGUAUAAAUUCACUGCUUAUCGUGACAGAAUGGAAACAUCACUACGAGAAAUAUUAACGUUAUCCGUACAUAUUACUCUUGAGAAUAUACCAACGAACAAGGUGAAGACAAUUGAACUCGUUCAAGAUAAGGAUAAUAUCUUAGCAGAGAAACUCGCUUCCCCGCUGGUUUUGGACAUUUUGAACAAAUUGCCUUUGGUGCAAGCCAAUGUUAAUGUAUUCAUACAGGGAGGAAAACUGGAUAAUAUUCCUGAAGGUAUCAUGGUUUCAGAAUUAAAUAUGAUAGAGACGGGUGAAAAAGCAUCAUUCGCUAUUGGAUAUGAUUUGUUGACGAUUGGAAAAAAGAACAAUUUGAAAAAACUUCUAAAAUCUACAAAAGACGGAGGUUUCAUUUUAUCUCGUGAACAAAUGAAUACAUCAUCGAACUUAUCCAUUUUACAGGAAUUUCAAUUACGUAUAGUUCUAGAAAAACAUACUUCCGAGGAUUUUUGGGUUCUGUUAAAAAAAACAGAUAAAAUUCCGAAAAAUACCAUGAUUAUUGAUGUUAAUAGCAAUGAAUUUAACUGGUUGCAUAAAGUUCAAUCUAUACUUGCCAGGAAUGAAGAACAAAACAUCGACAACACCAGAAUCAUACUUGUUGAAGAAGGAAACUUUAAUUCGGGUCUCUUAGGAUUCAUUAAUUGCUUACAGAAAGAAACUGGUGGGAAUAUCUUCCGAGCUGUUUUAAUUCAAGAUCUUAAAGCACCGAAAUUUUCUUUAAAUCUACCCCUUUACACCGAACAACUCGAAACGGAUCUCGUUAUUAAUGUUUUACGUCCAGGGAACGUUUGGGGAUCAUAUAGACAUCAGCUUCUUCAACCUUGCGAGCCCAGACUCACCUACCACGGUAUUAUUAAUCAACCGGUACGUGGAGAUUUAAGUACGAUUCGUUGGGUUGACGGGCCUAUUACAAAGGAUUAUCAAGGUGAAGAUCUCGUUGGUAUUCAUUAUGCAGCAUUAAAUUUCAAAGACGUGAUGUUGUCAACGGGUAAAAUAUCGCUAGAUGCAAACAGCAGUAGAAAAGAUAUAGAUUACGAAAUUGGAUUUGAAUACAGUGGAAAAAGUAUUAGUGGACGUAGAAUUAUGGGUGUUAAGCAGAAUAGAUGUUUAUCAAACUUUUGUCAACUGGACAAGACUUUUUCUUGGACUGUACCUGAUUCUUGGAGUUUAGAAGAUGCAGCGACAGUACCUUGUGUAUAUUGCACAUCUAUAGCUGCACUUUACAUUAACGGAAGAAUGCAGAAAGGUGAUAGGAUUCUUAUCCAUGCUGGAUCUGGUGGAAUUGGCCAAGCUGCCAUUAAUCUCGCCCUCCGUGAAGGCUGUGAAGUAUUUACUACUGUCGGUACACCAGAAAAACGUAGAUUCAUUAAAGAAACAUUCCCUAGUAUCGAUGAUAAUCAUAUUGGAAAUUCUCGAGAUACUAGCUUCGAGAAAAUGAUUUUGCAAGAAACCAAUGGUGCAGGUGUAGACAUUGUUCUCAAUUCUUUAUCGGAAGAUAAACUCCAAGCGUCCCUGCGUUGCUUGGCUCAUAGAGGAAGAUUUUUAGAAAUUGGAAAGUUCGACUUUGCGAUAAAUAAUGAAUUAAGCACUAAAAUCUUUUUAAAGGGUAUAAGUUUUCAUGGUGUAAUGUUAGAUCAAAUUAUAAACACAAAUGACGAAGUUAAAAAUGAAAUUUGUUUAAUAUUCAACAAACUUAAGAAGGAGAAUGCGAUUAAGCCGAUAGUUAGGACAAUCUUCGGCAAGGAUCAAGUAGAGAAAGCACUUAGAUUCAUGGCAGCCGGAAAGCAUAUGGGAAAAGUACUCAUCAAGAUCCGUGAAGAAAAUGAACCACUAAAUACACCCAUUUUGGCUGAACCUUUGUAUACUUGUAUUCCGAACAAAAGUUAUAUAGUUCUUGGUGGUUUGGGAGGAUUUGGCUUGGAACUAAUCGAUUGGUUGAUUCUAAGAAAUGCUCAGAAUAUUGUCAUUACGUCACGAAAUGGCAUAAAGUAUGGUUAUCAACACAUGAGGAUCAAUUUGUGGAAAUCAUGCGGUGUGAAUAUCAAGAUCCUGGUAGGUCUAGAUGCGGCUGAUCGUGAUGCCAGCGAACUAAUUGUGAAAACAGCUAUUGAGCAAGGUCCAGUCGAUGGUAUAUUCAAUCUUGCGGUAUCUUUGAAAGACGGUAUUUGUAGAAAUCAAACACCGGAGACUUUUGAGGAAUCUUUCAAAGGAAAAGCAUGGGCAACAAAAUGUUUGGACGAGGUGACCAGAAAACUUUGUCCAGAUCUUCGUCACUUUGUCGUUUUCUCUUCCGUGUCAUGCGGAAGAGGGAAUGCUGGACAAACUAAUUACGGUAUGGCUAAUUCCAUUAUGGAAAGAAUAUGUGAAAAGAGAGUAGAAGAAGGUUUUCCUGGAUUAGCUAUACAAUGGGGAGCGAUUGGAGAUGUUGGUUUGGUUGCUGAAAUGCAAAAUGAAGAUAAAGAAUUUGUUAUCGGUGGUACCCUACUGCAAAGAAUAUCAUCAUGUUUACAAGAACUUAAUGGGUUUUUGGUACAGGAUAAAGCUGUGGUUGCUAGUAUGGUAGUUGCUGCAAAGCGCGGAGAUAGCGAUGUGAAUAAUAUUGUAGAUGCUGUUUUAAAAAUUUUGUGUAUUAAAGACUUGAACAGCAUUAAUCAACAUACUUCCUUACCUGAACUUGGAAUGGAUUCCAUGACUGCUAUAGAAAUAAAGCAAACAUUGGAGCGUGAAUAUGAUGUAUAUCUUACUGCGUCAGAUAUUCGGAACUUAAACUUUGCCAAACUUAUAGAAAUGAAUAAUAAAUCGACCGAUAAUAGUAAUCUGAAUGAAAACGAUACAAAUCAAAUAUUAUCAAUUACAAAUAUGUUGAGGCAAUUGUUUGGUGAAGUAUCUUCUACCGAAUUAGCUAUUCCACUUAAAACUAAUCCGGCGGAGGAUCGUGGAGAGAUAUUCUUUCUGCCAGGAAUCGAAGGCUAUGCUGAUGUUUUCAAAACAUUAGAAUCAAAUAUUAAAUCACCUGCGACAUGUUUUCAAUUUGCUCUUAUUUAUGAGUUAAAAACUGUUGAAGCUAUGGCCAAUUCCUUUCUACCGCUUAUAUUGGAUAAACUCAAGGAUCGAAGUGAUUUCCUGUUAGUAGGAUAUUCAUUUGGAUCCGUUCUAGCUAUUGAACUCACGCGAAUGUUAGAAGCCAAAGGAUUUAUUGGCCGGUUAAUAUUGAUAGACGGAGCUCCUCAGCAUCUGAAAAUAUUUAUACAACAAAACUUGCGUUCCUCGUCGCAGGAAGAAUUAGAUAACAAUAUUUUGCUCGAUAUAAUGAACGCGUAUGUAGGUCUGAACGUUGUAGAGCUUGAACUUGAAUUAACAAAAUGCAAUUCGUGGGAUGAGAAAUUAAAUGCAUUUUUUAAUGUUCUAUCUCCCGAACACAAGGAAUUAUUUUUGAAGGGAGAUCGAAGAAAAGCCAUUCACUCACUUCAUGUGAGAUUGCAAGCAGUUAUGGCAUAUAAUCCAGAACCAAUGCCAUACCUAAGGACACCAAUCACAUUAUUCAAACCGCAGCUUCCGUCUGUACUAAAUGCUGCGUAUGAUUAUGGAUUGAAGAAUAUAACUGAGGCCAAAGUAGAUGUUCACACUGUUGAAGGUAAUCACACCACGAUAUUAGGUGCUAAGGAAAUUUUAAUGGCUAUUAAUGGUGAACCAUUUGAGAAUGCUGCAACAAUUAAGAAAACGUAAUUUAAGAAAACUAAUAGAGCGUUGGUGAUCUAUUUGUCUUCUGAUUUUUCGAAAUAAAUAUGGGAUAUCGAAUUCUUCCGUCAAAUUUUUUUGUAUUUUACAAUAAAGAAUAUACAAGGAAAGUA